UCAAGCUUCGCCUCGCCCUCGCGCACCUCCCGUGUUUCUUCUACACCCCGCGUUGUUGACAAUCGACGGCGCGCAAGAGUUUUUGUUUUCGUGUUUGCGUGUUGCCGUGUCCGGCAAAGCCAUGAAGAUUCGUUUACGUCGCGACUAGGUUCCACCAGCAUCAUCUAAGCAUGGCGAAAAACAGGAUGGUUACGAAACACUGCCCCAAAUGCGAACAACAGGUGCCCGUGGCGUGCAAGAGCUGCCCGUGCGGCCACGAGUUCUUCGCGAACCGCAAGUCUCGCGGCGUGUCCGAGCAGAGCAGCCAGCGGCCCCGUCGACGUACCGAGCGGGUGCGCAAGGAGCGCCAGAGCUACCUGACCGCGCUGGUGCUCGAGCAGCGCGCCGCCGCGGCCCGGGCCAAGCGGGCGCGACGCAACGGCAACCGACGCGGACGGCCGCCCGCCAACCGCAGCUCGUCGCACGACUCCGGCGACGAGGCCCGCAAGCUGAACCGGCCGCGGUGCGGGCCCGCCAAGCCGGCCAAGCCCGUCGAACCUGAAAUGCCAGACGAGGAGGAAGAGGACGUGUUCGCUGGCUGCACCCAGGAACGCCUCGAGCAGUACGCCACCAUCCUGGCGGACAUCAACCGCAAGCUCAACUCGCAGCUCUUCCAUCAGCAACUCUUAUGAUGGCCGUGAACUGCAGGACUUUCGCUGCAUACGCCUACCUUCCAUGGCCAUUUGACACCGCUGUGUUGUUUCCGUGCCGUUCCGUAGUCUACGCUGCUGCCUAGGAGACCCGCUGGCUUUCUGUACGUGGUGGGCGGGCUGCCCGCAUUUGGUUGGUGCCGCGCUUUGGCGUGAGUGACUCACGCAGUGGUGCGCUGUAAAAUACUGUGCGCGUUAUAAAUACACGUAUGACUUGGGCCGGGGAGUGUGAGGCCGUCGCGGUUGCCGCGAACUCUAUACUUCGAGUCACUGCUGUACCGUGGAACGCGGCCAAAGAAAGCUACGAGGCGCGCUGAGGCGCUGAUGAACGUGGUUGACCUCGAAAUCAGCACCGCCGUAAAGACUCUGGACAGCCUCGGACGGGACCACGGCCCAGAUAAUGUAACGGUUCUAUUCCAGUCCUUUCGCGUUUCGUCAGUGGACCGAGCGGUGCUCUACCUUCGUUAUCGAGACGGGCUGUUCGUGACCACUGUUUGAUAGGAAUAGAUUCAGCCAAAUUAACCCUUCAUAUUAUACCAACCCCGGACCAGCGCCGCCUCGCCGCCAUAUUGGGUCAAAGAGGAGAGGGUAUGCAGAUUCAGUUAACUCGGUUGUCCGGCUCAAAAUGAGCCGUUUAGUAUGUAAUCUAGGAUGAGAAAGCCUAUAUAAACGACGUGAGGGCAGCCCUCAGCAAUGAUAUAUUUGGCUUUUCACAACUGCAACAUCACGAACGUCCCGCAAUGUCGGGUCAAAUUGCAGAUGCCCGUCACGACAGUUUAUGAAGAUACUGUAUUGAGGCUGCUGAUGAAUAAUGUGGCUCCAACUUCAAACUUCUGAGAACAAAUUACAUGGCUAGACAAGCAACGGCCACGGGAUUCUCGGCACGCGGUGCGGCGCUCCUGAUUGCGACGUGUUGCUAUCGCGAGCACAUUUUGCGUUCGUCGUCAUCGUGGGUGAACGCUUGUGAACACGGGUUCGCGCGCCAGAGUCGACGCGCCUUAUGUGGGUGCCUUCGUAUCUGUGAUCAGAUGCACGACUUGUCGAAACUGUGUGUUACGGUGACGCCUCCGUGGAAGUCGCAGCUUUUUUGACGUUUUAUGUUGCAAAGUGGCCUUGAUGCCCUGUGUUUUAAGAAAACGCUUCUUAACAAGUUAUUGCAUGUUCUAUGUUUUGUUAUCUCACCCUGGAUUGCAUAACCCAUUCUAGGGUUAUGCAAUGUGUUGUAGCCAAUAUUUAGUGAGUUUUUUGUAAUCUCUAACUACUUGGUAACUUCGAACGGCCGUUUGUCAAACGUGCGCUGUUUGGUUCGCCAAACAUUUUGCUGCUGUUUUCUUGGCACCUAAUGAACCAGGCACUAGUCAUGAUUAUCGGCGCUCUCUUAUCAGGUCUGUACUUAAUAUUGCCGCCUUUAAGAACAUUCCAGCAAAAUGAAUGAACAGGAUCUGUAGACUAGCAGUUCGUCGUAGUGCUUUGGUUAAACCAAACAAACACUAUAAUUACACGCUUGAAGUGCCGAAACCGUGUGCAAACGUACAAUGCCGUGCACCGCUGUGCAGAGCGCGCGAGCAGCCGGCUUUGACGGCUUUGCUCUGCAGGGCGACACCUGGCGGCAUUUGCAGGGUUCAAGAUAGUGUGCCCAGGAGCACGCGCGGCCUAAUAGACAUGCAGAAGUGCUUUUGACGAGUGGCGACGUUGAAAAACGCGUUUGUUUACCCUAAUGUGUACUCACGGAUUGUUCGAGAUAACAAAGGCGCCUACAAACGUCACCGCUGGUUAAAUGCAACACGGGCAAGUUUGCAUGUUUAUUAGGCCGCGCAUGCUCCUGGGCACGCUAUCUCGGACCCUGCAACCGCCGCCAGGUGUCCAGAGCAAAGACGGCCGUUCGCGCGCUCUACACAGCAGUGAACGGCACUGUACAUUGGCUGCUGUCAGAUGGGAAAACCAGGUGCGUGAGACAUCUGCGGUAACAAAUUAAAGCGCUUACUAUCAACUCAUAGCCUUCGAGAUCGGCACGGGCCGCGAGCCACACCAUGUUUGGUUUCUGCUGUAAGGUGGUCUAUCCAGCAGACCCACACGCGAACCAUGUCAAUCAUAGUGCGCGUUUUCUGUUGUAGCGUAGGACAAUUUAGCUGGGAUGGAAUACAUUGUUGCCUUUCGUCCAAAAAAUACUACUAAUAAUUAAAUAAUCGGGGACCAGACUGGUUGGUAAGCAGUCACAUCUAUAUAUACUGAUCUUCCGCCGUCAGGGAUGAACAAAUGUACAAACAAAACGAGGCAUUGUUCAACGUUGAGGCCGUUUGCUGCAAUCACAGUUUGAAAUGCGUGACAGCCUUCGUUCUUUUUGUUAUAAUUCUUUUUGAAUAUCAAGGCUGCAGAAACUUCCCUGCAAUAUCCUGGGUGGGUUCCGUUAGGGAUCGAUUUAUAUCAAUUUGGAUUACUGUUUUUAAGAAAGAAUGGUGGCGGAAUGUCAGUGAUAGACUUGAGCCGAUAUGUGCACCAAAAGCUAAAUGAACCGAGUGGCACUUUGCCAGGUCUCAUAGUGUUCCGUGCACUGCUGUGGAAGCUGCCGGUCUAGUCGGAGCAGAGGCCACGCUCCAAGCAACGCAGCCGCUGUUGUGAGCGUUCUCAAAAAUGCUAGCUAAAUGUUCUAUUCGGACUGCAUUAUGCGUAUACGGAGUCUAAGUAGUCAAGUUAAAAUCGAUUUGUCGACCUGCAACGCCGCUCGUAGAAGCAGUGAGGUAUGGUUUGGCUCGAUCUAUCCUUUCUAAUGGCGCAUGUACUGUAACAUAAUUUACACCUUUAAAAGGGAUAAGGGAGUCAGUUACUUUACAGUGUACCCACUAUGGGGGAUUGGCCAAGGCCCGGACGGAAUUCGAAGACUUUAGGUCUGAGGCGGGUGCUUUGUUUCUUUUAAGCGCCCGGCUUCCACAGUGGUGAACGCAACUAGCGAAAUGCUGCGAAGUGUACGAGUGUGAAGUGUAUGAGGCUUUAUGCGGCACGCUGUGCAAUACGGGGGCGGUUAUUACGAUUCUGUUCCCUCGAGCGGAUGACCGGGACUUGACGUCAGGCUCGCUGUGCUUAACUGUUUUGUCAUCUGCGCGUUGGAGAAGGGUCGUGUGAGCCUGUCUCUUGCUUGGACACCUUGGAUCGUGGUUUCAAAUCGAACCGCUCUGGAAAGGAACGGCCUCGUAGUACGGCCCCAUGUUUCGUCACCUUGUCGAGGAGCCGCACUUUUCGAUUGCGGCAAGUCCUCUUUAUUUCUCCCUCUCUAUCUACCGUGCCAGACCCUUUCUCUAUGUUUGAGGCUGGUCAAGACGGCGACUUGUGGCCAGUUGCAGGAAAUUAACCAGUAGAAUGCACACAAGCAUAGUAUGUACAGUGAAAUACAGACAUUGGGUAUAAUGGAGUGCUUUAACCUGUCCGGAACCGUAUUACAGCUUACGGAAUACCAGAACACCGAACAGGCACGUGCGCAGCAACGCCGGUGGCGCCAUCUUGUGGAUGACGUCACAGAAUUGUAGUUUCAACAAUACGUAUCUGUUGGUGGAAAGACGUUGGAGCAACAAUCAUUAGCGUAUAGUCAAUAUCUUUUUUUUAUUAUUAUUCUGCGAGAACCAUGACGCAGCAGAAAAACGUCUAACGUGUUGCGGUUGAAGAAAGCGUCACAAGGUGGCGUUACCAGCUCUGUUGGUGUAGGGAUCCUACACCAACAGCCUACGUUGGAGCCUACAGACAUAGGCUCCUGGUGUAGCACCGUCUGCGGUGUUCUGGUAUUGCCAGCAGGCUGAAAUCCACCAACGCUGAACAGAGAGGAAGUCAUGCGUCGUGUUGUAUUUUUCUCCAAUUCUGUGCUCGUGUGUGCGCAAUGCUGGUCGCGUUCCUGUGAUAUACGGUUUGACCGAACUGUCCACUUUGCUGCGUUUGGCCAAGAGGGGCAUUUCACUGAAUCGAACAUUAAAAACUCACUGAUGACACCUGUAA